GCGCGCAGGCGCUGCGGGCGCGGCGGCCGGUGGCGAUGGACGCGCUCGAGUCGUUGUUGGACGAGGUGGCCCUGGAGGGGCUCGACGGCCUGUGCCUGCCCGCGCUCUGGAGCCGCCUGGAGACGCGGGUGCCGCCCUUCCCGCUGCCCCUGGAGCCCUACACGCAGGAGUUCCUCUGGCGGGCGCUGGCCACGCACCCGGGCAUCAGCUUCUACGAGGAGCCUCGGGAGCGGCCGGACCUCCAGCUGCAGGACCGGUAUGAAGAGAUCGACCUGGAAACCGGAAUUCUGGAGUCCAGAAGGGACCCGGUCCCUCUGGAGGACGUCUACCCCAUCCACAUGAUCUUAGAGAACAAGGACGGCAUCCAGGGCUCCUGCCGCUACUUCAAGGAGAGGAAGGACAUCACGAGCGAGAUCAGGACCAAGGCACUGAAGCCCCGCUGCACCAUGCUGGAGGCUUUUGCCAGGUGGGGUAAGAAGCUGAUCCUCGUCGCCUCGCAGGACAUGCGCUACCGGGCCUUGAUCGGCUCUGAGGGGGACCCCGACCUGAAGCUCCCCGACUUCUCCUACUGCAUCUUGGAGCGGCUGGGCCGGUCCCGGUGGCAAGGGGAACUGCAGCGAGACCUGCACAGCUCUGCGUUCAAGGUGGAUGCCGGGAAGCUGCACUACCACCGGAAGAUCCUGAACAAGUGCGGCCUCAUCACCAUGCAGUCGCACGUCAUCCGCCUGCCCACGGGCACCCAGCAGCACUCCAUCCUCCUCCUGCUCAACCGCUUCCACGCGGACAGGCGGAGCAAGUACGACAUCCUCAUGGAGAAGCUAUCGGUCAUGCUGACCACGCGGCCCAACCAGAUGGAGACGCUGGGGAGGCUGCGGGAAGAGCUGGGGCUGUGUGAGAGGACGUUCAAGCGCCUGUACCAGUACAUGCUGAACGCGGGGCUGGCCAAGGUCAUCUCCCUGCCCCUGCACGAGGUGCACCCGGAAUGCGGGCCCUGCAAGACCAAGAAAGGGACCGAUGUCAUGGUGCGCUGCCUCCGGCUGCUGAAGGAGUUCCGGCGGAAGAUGGAAGACGACGACGAGGAUGAGGAGGCCAUCUCCAAGGGGGUGCCGCUGGUGGACGUGGUGUACGAGCGGGACAUGCUCACGCAGACCUACGAGCUCAUCGAGCGCAGAGGCACCAAAGGGAUUUCCCAGGCAGAGAUCCGAGUGGCCAUGAACGUGGGCAAGCUGGAAGCCCGGAUGCUGUGCCGUCUCCUGCAGAGGUUCAAAGUGGUCAAGGGCUUCAUGGAGGACGAGGGGCGGCAGCGCACCACCAAGUACAUCUCGUGCGUGUUCGCCGAGGAGAGCGACCUGAGCCGCCAGUACGAGCGCGAGAAGGCACGGGGCGAGCUGUUGACCACCGUCAGCCUGGCCGCCAUGCAGGACGAGUCGCUGCUGGCCGAGGCCGAGGACACCUUCCUGUCGGAGUCGGACAGCGACGAGGAGGGCGGCAGCGGCGGCAGGAGGAGGGCCCGGGGGGACGCCAAGGCCCUGCCACACCACUCCACCCCCACCAAGGGCGGGUGGAAAAUCCUGAACCUGCACCCGCUGAAGAAGCCACCGGCUGUCGGCUCCCCGGGCUCUGCAGAGGAGAAAACCAUCCGGAACGUGGUCUACGGGGACAGUGUUCUGGACAGCAGCAGCUCCUCAGACCCCAAUGCGUCAUUUGGCUCCCACUGCGUGGAGAGCAACCUGGGCGACAUCGCUGUCAUCGAGGAGGUCAAGCUGGAGAACCCAAAGGAGAGCAGCUCCCAGAAGUCCGGGAAGCAAGGCCAGGACAAGCCCCACGAAACGUACCGGCUGCUGAAACGCAGGAACCUCAUCAUCGAGGCCGUCACCAACCUCCGGCUCAUCGAGAGCUUGUUCACGAUCCAGAAGAUGAUCAUGGACCAGGAGAAGCAGGAGGGCGUGUCCACCAAGUGCUGCAAGAAGUCCAUCAUCCGCCUGGUGCGGAACCUCUCGGAGGAGGGCCUCCUGCGCCUGUACCGCACCACCGUCAUCCAGGACGGCAUCAAGAAGAAGGUGGACCUGGUGGUACACCCGUCCAUGGACCAGAACGACCCCCUGGUGAGGAGCGCCAUCGAGCAGGUCCGCUUCCGGAUCUCCAACUCCAGCACCGCCAACAGGAUUAAAGUGGCGCCACCUCCAUUGCCACCGGGGGAGGCCGAUGAGGAAAGUCCCGGGAAAGAGGGUCCGAGCCGGUCAGGAGACGCGCCACCCAGUGUGGCCUCCAAGCCUGAGAGUGGACGGGCCAAAAAGACGGAUGAGAAGAUGGGCAUCACCCAGCUCAAGAACUACAACCCUGUCAUGGUUCCAGGACUCGGCCGUUCCCUGGGGUUUCUGCCCAAAAUGCCUCGCCUGCGGGUGGUCCACACGUUCCUGUGGUACCUCAUCUACGGGCACCCCGACAGCAACCUGGCGGAGAAGGAGAGGAGGACAGGCAAGCCGGAGCCGGCGCCCGGGAGUGAACUGGAGGCCCCCUGCGACGGCCCGGCCAAGGACCCCCUGGACGAAGCGGAGCUGUCCUCGGGCCGAGUGUACGUGGACGAGACCUCGUGGACGCGCUUCGUCCCUCCCAUCCCCGUCCACAGGGACUUUGGCUUCGGCUGGGCGCUGGUCAGCGACAUCCUCCUCUGCCUGCCCCUCUCCGUCUUCGUCCAGAUCGUGCAAGUCAGCUACCAGGUGGACGGCCUGGAGGGUUUCCUCAGCGACCCCCUGAAGAAGCACACGCUGAUCCGCUUUCUUCCCAGGCACAUCCGGCAGCAGCUGUUGUACAAGCGACGCUACAUCUUCUCGGUGGUGGAGAACCUGCAGCGGCUCUGCUACAUGGGGCUGCUGCAGUUCGGGCCCACGGAGAAGUUCCAGGACAAAGACCAGGUCUUCGUCUACCUGAAGAGGAAUGCCACCAUCGUGGACACCACGAUCUGUGACCCGCACUACAACCUGGCCCACAGCAGCCGGCCCUUCGAGCGGCGCCUGUACGUGCUGGAGUCCAUGCAGGACGUGGAGAACUACUGGUUUGACCUGCAGUGCGUCUGCCUCAACACCCCGCUAGGUGUGGUGCGCUACCCACGGGCCCGCAAGAGUAGCAGCACCGAGCAGGGCAGCGACGAGGAGGGGCUGCAGAAGGAGCAGGAGAACGCCAUCGACAAGCACAACCUGGAGCGCAAGUGUGCCAUGCUGGAGUACACCACGGGGAGCCGCGAGGUGGUGGACGAGGGCGUGGUGCCCGGGGACGGCCUGGGCGCCGCGGGGCUGGACUCCAGCUUCUACGCGCACCUGAAGCGCAAUUGGAUCUGGACCAACUACAUCAUCAGCAAGACCAGGAAGGAGAACGCCCCCGCAGAGAAUGGGCUCAUGGUGCGGCUGCAGACCUUCCUGUCCAGGCGCCCGCUGCCACUUGGUGCUGGAGGCAGCGGCAGGCUGGGCCUCUGGGGCGAGGCGCGCACGGGGCCCGAGCCCUGUGCCGACAGGAAGGAGCUGGUGCAGCUGGAGCGGGAGCCCACGCAGGACAGAAACCAGAAAGUCAAGGGCGGGAAGAGCCAGAAGCGGAAGCGGCUGAAGAAGGAGCCGGUGAAGAGGAGCAAGAGGAAGAGGAAAGAGCUCCCGGAGGAGAAGAGCAAGAGGCUGCGCUACCACGACGAGGCGGACCAGAGCGCCCUGCAAAGGAUGACCCGGCUGCGUGUCACCUGGACCCUGCAGGAAGACGGGCUGCUCAUCCUGUGCCGCAUCGCCAGCAACGUGCUCAACACCAAGGUGAAAGGCCCGUUUGUCCCCUGGCAAGUCGUGCGGGACAUUUUGCACACAACCUUGGAAGAGUCUCUGGAUAAAACAUCUCACUCGGUUGGACGAAGGUCGCGCUACAUCGUCAGGAACCCGCAGACUUACCUCAACUACAAGGUCUGCCUCGCCGAGGUCUACCAGGACAAGGCCCUCGUCGGGGACUUCAUGAGCCGCAAGUGUGACUAUGAGAACCCAAAGGUCUGCGCCAGCGAGUUUAAGGAGUUUGUGGAGCGGCUCCGGGAGAAGUUCAGCUCCGCACUCCGGAACCCCAACCUCGAGAUUCCCGACACGCUGGAGGAGCUGUUUGCCAGAUACCGAGUGUUGGUGAUCGGGGAUCAGAAGGACCAGUUCGGGAAAGAGGACGAGCUGCACAGUGUGGACGACAUCCACUUCCUGGUGCUCCAGAACCUCAUCCAGAGCACGCUGGCCCUGUCGGACAGCCAGAUGAAGUCCUGCCAACCCUUCCAGACCUUCCGGCUGUACCGGGAGUACAAGGACCAGGUGCUGGUCCGCGCCUUCGUGGAGUGCCAGAAGCGCAGCCUGGUGAACCGGCGCCGCCUCAACCACACGCUGGGCCCCAAGAAGAACCGCGCGCUGCCCUUCGUGCCCAUGUCCUACCAGCUCUCCCAGACCUACUACAGGAUCUUCACGUGGCGGUUCCCCAGCACCGUGUGCACAGAGUCCUUCCAGUACCUCAACCGCAUCCUGGGUGCCCCGAAGCUGGACCAGCCCGACCGCUUCUCCUUCAAAGACCAGGACACCGACGGCGGCCCCUCCGCGGACCUGGUGCCCUUCUCGCUGGACGGCCCCGGAGGACACUGCGUGGCUGUCCUGACCCUUUUCUCACUCGGCCUGAUAUCGGUGGACGUCCGGAUCCCCGAGCAGAUUGUGGUGGUGGACAGCACCAUGGUGGAGAACGAGGUCAUUAAGAGCCUGGCCAAGGAUGGGGCCCUGGAGGAGGAUGAGGACGAGGAGGAAGACCUGGACGAAGGGGCAGGGCCCAAGCGCCGCAGCAUCGAGGUGAAGGCCCGCCAGGCAUCGCACACCAACUACCUGCUGCUGAAGGGCUACUGCGCGCCUGGCAUCGUCAGCACCCGCAACCUCAACCCCAACGACAGCGUCGUGGUCAACUCCUGCCAGGUCAAGUUCCGGCCCCGCCGCUCCCCUGCGCCCACCCGCCUCGGGCUGCCUGCCACCCCCCUGGACACGCUCCCCGUGGGCACCUCCUGCCUGCCGGCCUCCUUCACCAGCCUGGUGCCCAGCCAGGCCGCCUGCAGCCAGGAGGAGUUCUUGCGCCGCGUGGCAGAGAGCGGGUACAGCCGCGGGGACGUGGCCGCCACCCUGGAGGUCCUGGAGGCCGUGGAGGCCACGGGCUGCUUCGGGGUGGACCGAGGGGAGCUGCGCAGACGGUUCUCGGCCCUAGAGCGGGUGGAGGGCGCGCGUACGCGCACCUUGGCCGACUACACGCAGGCCCUGCUGGAGCAGCACCAGGUGCUGGAGGUGGGCGGCAACACGGCCCGCCUGGUGGCCAGGGCGCACGCCCAGCCCUGGCUCCUGCACUCGGCGCGGCUCAGGGCCCCGGAGGACGCGGACGCACGCAGGGAGCCCCCUGAGGCCGGGCCCCAGGGCCGCCCGGGCGCCAAGCGGGGGCCCAGCCCCGACCCUGGCAGCCCCCAGGAGCCCCGUGCCAAGCGGCCCGCGCUGCAGGACGAGCACUGGGCCCUCCCCGGGAGCGCGGAGACCCCGGCGCCCCCUGGGGCCCCGGCAGAGACGGGGGCCGGGGGGCCGCCCCAGGACGCCGGGCGGGACGGCCCAGAGGACGCGGGGGCUCCGGCCUGCGAGCAGCACAGCUGUCCGGCCGAGCUCCCGGGGGGCCCGGACGAGCACAGAGGUCCGACUGACAGUUUCGUGGCCGCCAGCCUGUCGCAUCUGUCCCGGGAGAGGGACCUGGCGCGCGUGUGCUUCCUGGGCCGCCCGUGGCGCACGGUGGACGGGCAGCUGAACACGGCCGUGUGCAAGGGCAUGAUGGAGGCCGUGCUCUACCACGUCAUGGCGCGGCCCGGCCUGCCCGAGGCCUGCCUGCUGCAGCACUACGAGGGCGUCCUGCAGCCCGUGGCCGUGCUCGAGCUGCUGCAGGGCCUGGAGUCCCUGGGCUGCGUCAAGAAGCGGCGCCUGCGCAGGCCCGCGGCCGCCUCGCUCUUCUCCGCGCCCGCCUUCGCGGGGCCCGAGGCGCCGCCCGGGCCAGGCGCCGACCCGCUGGUGUUCUACGAGCCCACGCUGGACUGCACCUUCCGCCUGGGCCGCGUCUUCCCCGCCGACGUCAACUGGAACAAGUGGGUCCACUUGUGAGGUGCUGCGGCCCGGCCCGGGGGCGCCCCCACCAGGCAACCAGGUGCUGUGCGUCCGCC